AUGUCCAAAGUGCCCCUUCUGCUCUUGUAUGUUGCCCUGGGGCUAACUGGGCACGUGUACGGAAAUGCUCUGAGAAAUGAAGAUAAAUGGAAACCACUCAGCAACCCCAGAAAUCGAGAUCUGUUUUUCAGAAGCCUCCAGGCAUAUUUUAAGGGCAGAGGUCUUGAUCUGGAAAGAUUUCCAAAUACUUUUUCCAUGAAUGAGAAACCCAGACCUCUCUCUUUCCAAUCAGAUCUUAUCGCUUCUGCAUUUGCGGAUUAUGAAGAGCAGAAAAACUCCUUUCCCAAUUACCUCAAAGGCUGA